CUAUUCAGUAGACCUCUCGUAUUAAUCGCAGACGGAAUCAUGCUGAAAGUUGCAGUAAUUGGAGCGGGUGUUAAUGGUGUGUCGAGUGCAAUUAAAAUUCAAGAGCAUUAUCAAAAUGAAAAGAAGAUAAAGGUGCAAGUGACUAUUAUAUCUGAUGAAUUUUCGCCAAAUACGACGGGGGAUGGGUCGGCAGGACUGUGGGGACCCUUUUUGCUGGGAGGUACAGAUCAGAAGAAAGUUUACAAAUGGUCCAAGGACGUGCAUCAGUUUCUGGAGAAGAUCUGGUUGAGUGAUGAUGCAGGGGAGGCGGGUGUUUGUCUGGUUCCCUGUGUACGCCUGAGUACGGAACCAAAUUGCGCUGUCGGAGACUUUUGGCGUGAUAUUGUUUAUGGAGCUGUCGAGCUGACAUCGGAACAAUUGGAAGUAUAUAAUAAAGGCAGGGAUUCCAAGUUCACUGCGGGACUUUCCUUUGUCACUUACACUUCCGAACCGAUCAAAUUGUUGCCCUAUCUGAUGAAGCGGUUUGUGCGAAGAGGAGGAGUUGUUGUUCAGCAGAAGAUCACUGAUCUCGAGGGAUUCGUCAGAGAUUCGCCCUACGAUGUGAUUGUUAACUGCACGGGACUCGGAUCCAGGCAGCUACUGAACGAUGGUCAAAUGUACUCGGUUCGUGGUCAGGUAACUCGGGUGAAGGCAAAUUGGAUCUACACCGUGGUCUUGGAUGAGAGUGACGAUGGCAACUAUAUUAUACCCAACACCGAGUCUGUAGUACUCGGUGGAACCCAUCAGGAAAAGGAUUACAACGAGAAUAUCUGUCCGGUGGAUAAACGUUUCAUUACCGACGGAUGUCGGCGCCUUUUGCCGGGAUUAACCCAUGCCCAGCAUCUAUUCGAUUGGGUUGGCCUUAGACCAGGUCGAUUGGAGCUACGCCUCGAAUCGGAGAGGCGUGGCUCAAAACUACUCAUACAUAACUAUGGGCAUGGCGGAAGUGGAGUCACCCUGGCCUGGGGAUGUGCCGAUGAUGUUCUACAUUUGUUGCUAGCGGACAAAAUCAAUUCCAAAUUGUAAUGAACUCAAUCAGAUCUAUAAGUGUAUUAUCAGCAGCAAAUCAAGCACUUGAUGCUAUAGUACUAAUUGUUCAAACAUACGAUUAUACGACAACACAAGUAUACGAUGUCUGUAUACAAUGGAUGAACAAUAAAUAAAUCUUAUCACCUUUUUCUUAUCGCAAA